AUGAAUCUAAAGGAUAAACUGAAGACAUUGGACAAGGUUCUCAAUGAAGGGGCAUCAAUUAACUUCCCUGGCGAUCCCGAAUUCUAUCCAAAUACCAUUCGGUGGAGUGAGUAUGCGGCACCCCGGCCAGGCGCAGUGAUCAACGUAGCGACGGAAAGCGAUGUCCAAAAGACAGUCCAAUGGGCUAUCCACAAUGAUGUUGAAUUCCUCGCUCAAACUGGCGGUCAUGGAUGGACAACAUCAUGGAAUCUCGGAGAUUCUGGGAUUUUGAUCAAUCUGAGAGGUUUAAACAACGUGGACGUAAACCUCAAAGAGGGAUACGCCAUAAUUGAAGCCGGCGCUUUGGUUAGCGAAGCGAUCAACGCGGCUUAUGCCGCAAAAGCCCAUAUCGUUGUCGGCAACUGUAACUCCGUCGGCGCCUGUGCUGCGCUGCUUGGUGGCGGCUUCAGUCGAGUGCAAGCCAACUAUAGUAUGUCCAUUGACAACGUGAUAUCACUCCGGCUCGUCACUGCCAAGGGGGAUGUGAUUACUGUCUCUUCCACCGAAAACGCCGAGCUUCUUUGGGGUUUGAAAGGAGCCGGACAUAACUUCGGCAUCGUGACGGCGGCGAAAGUCAACGCAUUUCCGCAAAUCAACGACGGCAUACACUGGGAAAGCACCAUGAUCUUCCUCCCAGACCAUAUCGAAGAAGUCACUCAGACCAUCAAUGAUCUUGACAUGGGAGAAGGAAUGGCAAUCCAUUACGCUUUCACCGGUCUGCCACCAUUUGGAUUCCCGGCAGUCAUGCUGGAACUGUGGUAUGCCGGUACGCCUUCGGACGCGCAAAAGGCCUUUGCUCCCAUCCUCAACCUGCGUCCUAUCUACCAGCAUAGCUCGCCAACGCCGUACAACGAGAUAAACGCGCUUCUCGACCGCGGCGAAUACAAAGGCGGCCAGAAGCCGACAUGGUCCGUCGCUCUGGAGAAACUCGACCCUGCGGCAGCGCGGGAACUCUGGAAACACUAUCUGGACUUUCGCCUCCAUCAUCCAUCCGCCAAGGACUCGGUCGUCAUGUUCGAAUGCUACGCCUUUGGAAAGGUCCGCCAGGUGCCGGAUGAGAGCACGGCUUUCCCAUGGAGAGCUUUAAACUUUCACGUCUGCGGCUCUCUUUUGUACUCCGACCCCAAAAUUGAUGAAGCGGCCAACGUGUGGGGCCAGGAGUUCCGGCAGAUCUUGCGAGAGGCGUCUGGUAUGCGAGAGAAUAAAGUAUAUGUCAACUACGCCACGGGCAAUGAGCCCAUCGAGGAAAAAUAUGGCUAUGAUGAAAACCGGCUGAAGAGACUGAGAGAUCUUAAAACGCUGUGGGACCCUGAUGGGAGGUUUAGUCACUAUCAUCCCAUUCACUGA